GAAAAGUGCGGCUCCAUGAGUUUUGGUCCCGGAGCUAUAAGAACCGGACCCAUCGUCCUUCCCUGAAUUUUGCCCACCGCACGGUUCGACAGCGAGCCUGCCAAGCAUCCCGACUAAAGAACCACAGCACAGCCAAGUCAUCAUCAGUCAUGGUUCGGACCGCCCUGACACUCGCCCUCAUCGGCCUUGGUGCCGUGAGCAGCGCCAUGCCGGCCGCGACCCGAGCUGUGGAGGAGAGGCAGACAUUGAUUGUUGGUGGAAAUGGCGGCAUCUCCUGGCCCUCCUGCCUCACCGGCGUCCCCCUCAACAAGCAGGGGCCCUGCAUCCCCGCCGUCAUCUCCGGCGACCUCAAGCCCGGUAAGCGUGCGGUGCUCGACGCCGCCGGCAGCUACGCCUCGGAAUGUCCGCACCUGGAAGGCACGGAGCUGGCUCUGGAGCGCCUGAUGCAGAAGGCCCACCCGUCGGCGCAGGAGUACAUUGUAAUGCGGAAGAUGAGGAGUCUCCUCCUCGCCUGCGGCAUCACCAUCAUCAACAGCCCCGACGGCACGAGGACCACCCUCAAGCCCUCGGACAAGCGGGACGCCCCCGCCGUCUUCGCGCUCCCGUCCAACGUCCACGCGACCUUCGACCUCGCCGGCCUCCAGAAGGCCUACAACACGCUCAGCCAGGCCAUCGGCACCUCCAAGCCGUCCCUCUCCACCUGGCUCAUCCUGCAGCACAUUGCCUCGGAGCUCGAGCUCUACGGCAUCGAGCUCGGGAAGCCCACCACCGGCGGCCUCGUGCCCUCGAACAAGAAGCGCCAGACAUUCACCAUCGGCAACCAGACCUGCCAGCUCGCCGACAUGAUCGGCCUCCGCGCCGCCCUGGCCGCCCUCUACGCCGCCUACGGCCCGCCCGAGGACGCCCCGGACAACAUCUUCCUGAUUGAGCAGAUCAUCGUCACGACCCUGCAGCUGUGCGGCCAGUCCAUUGGCGGCUGGACCUCCAUCACUCCGGGCAACCCCCUCCCCGGCGGCGGCAGCACCGGCGGCAUCAUCCCGGACCCGACGCAGCCCGGCGGCGGCAUCGUCCCGGACCCGACCCAGUCAGGCGCGCCCAUCGUCCCGGACCCGACCAAGUCGGGCGCACCCAUCGUGCCCGACCCGACCCGCUCCGGCGCGCCCAUCGUCCCGGACCCGACCAAGUCCGGCGCGCCCAUCGUGCCCGACCCGGUCGCCUCGGGCAGCCCGCUCCAGCCCUCGGACCGCCGCAGGCAGGCGCCCAUCUCCGACCCGGCCGCCCUCCUGGCCGCGCUGGAGCUGCUCGAGGAGCAGUACGGGAACUACGGGUCCGGCACCAUCCCCGUGCCCGUCUUCCUCAUCAUGCAGAACAUCGUCACCAUCCUGCAGGACAUCCCCGGCGUGGUGAUCGCGGGCUGGCCGCUCCUGGGGGCUGGGUCCAUCCGUCCUUCGCCGUAGGGUUGAGGUGGGGGGACA